AUGGCAAGAACAAGACAAACAGCACGCAAAAGUACGAAUGGAUUCAAUCCAAUAGCACACCAACCAUUCACCUCUGAAGUGAUCUCCAAAUUUCGUGAGCUCAUGAUCAAAAACGAUCAUUCCAAACACACCGAUGUCAUUUCACGCUAUGCUCCCUAUUCUCAAUGUACGAAAUUGGCCAGAUUUUGGAUACUGAAGGAUUUACAAUCAUCUUCUCCGAAUCAUGAAGAUACUGCUCGUUCUCGUACUCCCCCAACGAACAAGAUGAAAUUUGCUGCACAAAAUCAUCACCAUUCCGCUCAUGAUGAAAAAUCAAAACCUUUGUUAUUUAAAGAAGAAGAAGAACAUGUAUUGCGAUUACUUCAAUCUUUACCUCUCGAUGCCAAAGUUGAGAUUAUUUGUUUUAUUCCUACCACUUCUCGAGUGAUCUCUCCAUACGGAAGGAAUGAUUUAACUGGAGCCAAAUUAUGGAUGGAACACAUAGAUCCAUGGUGGUUCAGUUACAUGAAGCAUCGCUUGAUUGGCCCUUCCGUGAAGACUGUUCUCGAGCACAUCAUUGGUGAGAGACUCUCGAAAUCAGAGGGUCUUGAUGCUUCCGAUUUGGUUCUUGCACGAGUUUCAAAGGUUCGUUUCCAUCCAAUUUGGAAAUUGUUAGAAAUCAACCAAGAGAGAUGCAUGAAGAGGCAAGUCGAGUUGUCUUUAUCUAACAGUAGUUAUGGCAUACUGCUGAAUGACAAAAAAGAACUCUUCCAAUGUCAUGGUGAUUUUGGUUCUUUAGGGACUGGUAUAUCCUUGUCAGACACAACUUUGACACUUCACCAUGUAACUCCAUCUUCAUCAACAACAGAAACCACUGAUUCAGUUGAGGAUUCAUUGAUGACUGAAAUGAUGCAAAGAGAUUUGAGGGACUUGGAGAAUGAGCUUGUCGAAAACGCUCUUCAUGAUCCACAAUUGAACACAGCCUCUCCUUUCUUGGUUGGCCAAGCGCGAUAUGGGUGCUCUGAUAGCAUGCAUCUAAUUCAAUCAUGCAAGAAUUUGGUUCUAAAUGCAUUUUCAGAAUGGCCUACUGUAACUUCGACUCGUAUCUUGGAUGCAAUUCCACAAAUUACAAACCAGUGCUUGAAAAAUUUGACCAUUUCUAUCUCUAGUGAUUAUGAUUAUCAAAUUUGUAAGACAUUAUUGAACUCAUUACAUAAUGUAGAGAAUGUCACAUUUAUUUUGUAUUCACUCGAUUUUUUCCACAACUUUGUGAAAUGGACAUACGAAGGUAUUGAAUAUCCAAGCGUGAAGAGUGUGAAAUUUAUUUGUUUGAGCUCGGAUACCAAUUAUGGUUUGCCUGAUAUCAUGAUAGCUCUUACUUCUGUUUUUCCUAACAUUUCCAAAUUAGAGAUUGAAGGAUUUGCAAUUAAUGAUUUUAGAAACAGUAUUCAAAAUUCAACAACACAAGACCACCAGAUAGAAAUCAUUUACAAGAGCAUGAGUGUGGAUUUGUUGAAGAAUAUAUGCACCAUACACAAUAUUUAUCCGUUUUUAGGUAGCCCAGAUUGUUACACAUCCACGAUUCUUCAUCAUGAUUUACCAUUCACUGAAAAGAAGAAAAUUAUUGAGUAUAUUGUACAAAAUUUUGACAUGAAAUACCAUCAUUGGAUCAAUAACUCUUAUCAUUAUCAAACUACACAAGCACUGCCUUUGUUUCAGUACACUAUUUAUUUAAUGAACAAAUAUGGACAACAUUUUGGAACAAAAGCAGAGAUGGACUUUUUAACAAUCUGUAUGCAAUAUGGUUUUGAUGUCUCCAAUAACUUGUUACAAAUUUUACCAUAUUUUGCAUCCAGUAUUUCCAAAGAAAUCAUUGACAUGUUGGAGGACAAGUUAAAGAAGAACGAAGUUGUUCUGACUUUGGAUGAUUUUUUGCAAACACUUAUUCGAUUGAACGACUCUGAAACCAAACUUCAAGUUUUUUCUCGAUUUAAGAAUUAUUUACCUGGAGAAGAUGCCAACAAAAUAUUCAAAAGCUUUGUGCUCCACAAGCACAACGAUUUGCGUGUUAAUUUAUUUAAUUAUUUAUUGUAUGCUCAGUCUCCAAGACCCGUUUUGGAUUACAUUUUGGAUUUCAUGACACCUGAAGAUUUACUAGAAACCACUGUGGUUCAUUCUGAAAUGCUUUUACCUGGAAAACAUGUCAUCAAUUCCAUAAUGACGGCCAUUCUAAGCGAUAGUGUGGACGUGUCUGAUCAGUUGAUUUUGAAGAUGAUUGAAAAACAACCACUUCUUGUUCAUACAGAAAUGAACGAACUUGGAAUUACACCACUCCAUGCUGUGUGUGCAAUAACCUCAAGAUGGGGUUUAAUAUCCCAUCUCGUUUAUAACUAUGAUGCAAAUGUUUGUGCAACAGAUAAGGAUGGUCGUACUCCAUAUGACUAUGCAAUUUAUGCAUGCCCUUUUCAGGAUGUAAUUCCUGCAUGUCUGAGAAUUUCAGGACAACGAGGCACCAAUGAGUUCAAGUAA